CUCAGCGGAGCUACAGAGAAACGCACCGGAGAUAAAACAGAGCACAGAUAGCAGCGUUAGCAUAGUCUUUGUUCGAAGGUAGUUUGAAGACGAGUUUAUAGGUUUGAUAUAUAAUUGAGUGUUUGUAGCAACAAUGUCUUCAGUUCAGCCGAAGAGAAAAUGGAUUAACGAGCAGUUAACUGCUGCUGAAGAAACAGAGUUUAAAGAAAUCAUCAAGUCCGAGGAAGACAUGGAUAAUCAGCGCAGACCGCUGGAUUUCUCCCGAAUACCCAUGAUAAUCUUACACCGAUUAGAUCUUCCACAAUGCUGUGUAUGUAAAACGGAGGAGGUUUUCACUGAGCUCAGCAACCAGGAUGUGGACUUCACUUUAGAUCAAGACAAAACAGAACCUCUGGUGAUAAAAAUAGAGCAAGACGAACCAGAGCAUCUGGAGAUAAAACAUGAGCAAGAAGAACCAGAACAUCUGGAGACAAAACAUGAGCAAGAAGAAUCAGAACAUCUGGAGAUAAAACAUGAACAAGACGAACCAGAACAUCUGGAGAUAAAACAUGAGCAAGAAGAACCAGAACAUCUGGAGAUAAAACAUGAGCAAGAAGAACCAGAACAUCUGGAGAUAAAACAUGAGCAAGAAGAACCAGAGCAUCUGGAGAUGCAACUGUUCAAAGUGGAAGAGAAUCAACCCUUCUCCAUUCAGGUUGAAGAGCAGCUUGUGCUGAAACAGGAGACUGGAGACAUUUUGGUGACUCCUUUUAAUGGGCAAAGAAUCAACAAUGAAACAGAACCAAACAAGAACCACAAAAUGCUAAAGAAAAGUCACCAAGACCAAAAUUUAUUUGGCUGUAAAAUUUGUGAUAAAACCUUUUCCUAUAACAGCAACUUGACUAAACACAUGAGAAAUCACUCAGGGGAGAAGUCUAAUUUGUGUAAAACCUCAAGAAAAAGUUUAGAUCCUGACUUUACACCUCGUCAGGGAAAGAAGCUUUCCUCAUGUACUGUUUGUAACAGAAGUUUCGGGAACAAAAGUAAUUUAAAUAAUCAUCUGAAAACUCACAAACCUAAGAAGACUUUCUCAUGUCCAAACUGUGAAAAAACAUUUACUCAAAAAAGUAAUUUAACUACUCACAUGAGGAUUCACACAGGCAAGAAACCCUUCUCUUGUGUGACCUGUGGAAAAAAAUUCAGAAACAAAGCUCAUUUAAUUUCUCACAUGAGAAUUCACUCUGGUGAGAAGCCUUUCACAUGUAUGACGUGUGGAAAAGGUUUCACUCAAAUAGGUCAUGUACGUGCUCAUAUGAAAAGUCACACAGGUGAAAAGCCUUUCACCUGUGUGACUUGUGGAAAACAAUUUAGGGAAAAAAGAGGUUUGAUUUCUCACAUGACAAGUCACACAGUUGAAAAGCCUUUCUCAUGUGGGACCUGCCAAAUAGGUUUUUUCACAAAAGAUGGUUUAAAUCGCCACAAUAGAAUUCACAAAGGUGAGAAACCUUUCUCAUGCAAGAGCUGUGAAAAAACAUUCACCACUAAAAGUUGUUUAUCUUCUCACAUGAGGACUCAUACUGAUGAAAAACGUUUCACAUGUUGUACUUGUGGAAAAAGCUUCAUUCAAAAAAGUCAUUUGACUACUCAUAUGAAAGAUCACACAGGUGAGAAGACUUUCACAUGUGGGACCUGUGGAAAAGGUUUCUCUACAAAAGAUGGUUUAAACUCUCACAUGAGGAUCCACACAGGUGAGAAACCGUUCUCAUGCAAGUGGUGUGAAAAAAACUUCACCAAUAAAACCAAUUUAACUUUUCACAUGAGAAGUCACACAGGUGAGAAGCCUUUUUCAUGUACGACAUGUGGAAGGAGUUUUAGGGUAAGAAGUUCUUUAACUAUUCACAUAAGGACUCACACAAGUGAGAAGCCUUUCUUAUGUGUGACAUGUGGAAAGACUUUUAGGGAAAAAGGGGCUUUAACGUCUCACAUGAAAAUUCAUACAGCUGAAAAGCCUUUCUCAUGUGAGAUAUGUGGAAAAUGUUUCACCAAUAGAAAGAGCUUACCUGUUCACAUGAGGACCCACUCUGGGCUUAAUGUGAAUUGAAGUACCAAGUUGCUCUGUAUCUUGCCUUUUAUUCUGUAAUUACAUCUGGAUCACAUUUAAAGGGGCAGUAUUAUGUAAAAGAGCACCCCUCCCCUAUCACUCCCCACUCAGAUCCUUCAGACUAGCCAGCAGCACUUAGCAAACACCUAGUGGAACUGCACAUCUGUUGAGCUCAUAUGAGCUACUUCUUGGUACAGCGCUGGUAAAAAUCUUGUUGAAGGUUUUAUAGUGGGGCGAUGUUCUGGUUCAUCAUGUUAUGAUGACUUCCUGAAGACGGUGUUUCAGAAAGAGCAAGAGUUUCAUUAAAAGAUGGAGGCCCAAUGUCAAGGCUUUAAAUUACAAAGUCUUUUUUUUCCCCUAUUUGGUAUAUAUAGCAUUUUUUAUAACUAUUGAAGGUAACAUAGAUGCUUGAUUGUGUUAUAAAAUUGCUCUAUAUCCCUGGAAAACACAAAAUUCUGCCCCUUUAAUAUGUAGCAUCUUGGAUUAAGACAGUAGUUCCCAAAGAUUUUCUUCUGGGCCCCCUAUGGAUUACAAUAAAAUCCCACCCAAAAAAAAUAAAUCAACUGGGCACAUUGUGCAACCAGACAAAAACCUGUAACAUUUUAGUGUAACUGUUUUGUUUUUUCAUUCAUUCACAGUGCUCCCAACCCCUGCAAUGGCACUGCGCCGCCCUGGGAGUUGCGCCCCACACUUUGGGAACCACUAGUUAGUGGCUGCAUGCAUCAGUAAAACCAAGCUUAGACUAGUUGGACACCAUCUGCUUUCUUCACCAAGCUUGUAUUCAAAUUGAAAAAUACUUUUUCUGAUACAAAAAUGUCUGUAAAUAAAACAUUGUAUUUGUAUUCUUAUGUAAUAAACUCCGUUUAACGUUGA